AUGAGCAUCAAGACCACCGUAUCUCAAAUGAGUUUUGAGUUUAUGUACAGGCCCAGGCCCAGGGGGAAUCAAAGGAUCUACCAGAAGAACCUGAAGCUGAGCGCUGCUGACAUGUACCGCUGGAAACUUUCCUCUCAGGAGCCCUGCAGCAUGACCUGUUCUAUAGGAGUAUCAAAGUCCUUCGUCACAUGUAUUCGUUAUGACGGCGUCGAGGUGCACGAUAUGUACUGUGAUGCUCUGACCAGACCGGAGCCGGUCCACGACUUCUGUAUUGGGAGAGAAUGUCAGCCCAGAUGGGAGGCGAGCAGCUGGAGCGAGUGCUCCAGGACCUGUGGGGAGGGUUUUCAGUUUCGUCAAGUUCGCUGCUGGAAGAUGCUCUCGCCGGGCCUGGACAGCUCAGUGUACAGCGACCUCUGUACCAUGGCCGACCUGGAGAGACCCGUGGAGAGACGGCCCUGCAAGAGCCCCGCCUGCGGCCCACAGUGGGAGGUGGCUGAGUGGACUGAGUGUCCUGCGAAAUGUGGCCGCAAAGCCCAGGUGACCCGCGAUGUCCGCUGCUCUGACGAGACCCGACCAUGUGACCCGAUGACCAAACCACCAAAUGUCAAAAACUGCACCGGUCCACCUUGUGAACGCCACUGGACUGUGUCUGAGUGGGGGCCUUGCUCAGGGUCGUGCGGCCAGGGGAAGACGGUGCGUCAUGUGUACUGUAAGGCUCCAGAGGGUCGCGUGGUUCCUGAGAACCAGUGCUCUGCGGAGGAAAAGCCGCUGGCCAUCCACCCCUGUGGGGAGCGAGACUGUGCUCCAUACUGGCUGAGCCAAGACUGGGAGAGGUGUAACACAACCUGUGGUCGAGGUGUGAAGCACAGGCUCGUCCUCUGCGUCGGCAUCAGUGGAGGAAAGUUCCAGGUCUUUGAUGAGGAGGCGUGUGGAGGCAGCGAGAAGCCCGAAGAGGAAAACACCUGCUUUGAGAGACCAUGCUUCAAAUGGUACACCACGCCCUGGUCUGAGUGCACAAAGACGUGUGGCGUGGGUGUGAGGAUGAGGGAUGUCAAGUGUUACCAGGGCAGGGAGCUGGUCCGAGGCUGCGACCCCCUCACCAAACCUGUGGCCAAACAGACCUGCACCCUGCAGCCCUGCCCCACGGAGCCGCCAGAUGAGAGCUGCCAGGAUCGUCCCUCCACCAACUGCCUGCUGGCGCUGAAGGUCAACCUGUGCAGCCACUGGUACUACAGCAAGGCCUGCUGCCACUCCUGCCGCGCCCUCCGACCUCCAACCUCCUAGUCCAGGAAACCGCCGCCUCUCUCCACCCUGACUCCAACUCCAGCAUGAGGAAAGAAAUGGGUACGUUUAAGUCCACGUGGUCCAACAGUUACUGUGAACAGUGAGAGGAAAGUCCAGAGUGACCUACAAUAACUUUGAUUCACAUGUGUUCGUUUAUCAAGUUGGAUAAUUUAAAGGAAAUCUUGAACAUUUUGCCAGUCCUGUUGAUGCUGCAUCAACUGCGAUGUUCACACGUAAAACAAAAUCCCUCUUGUCAUUCUCUAAUUGUUCUUCAUCGUAUUUUUUCUUCCAAACACAGAAUGCAAUGUGUUUCUGGUAUAUUUGGAAUAAACAGAGAAAGAAUUGGGCAAAAAGCAAUUUUUAUUUUGGAGGGGAUCCUCUCUACUACUCAAGUUACUUCUUGUGUGGAGAGGGUUUGUGAUUACAACUGACAACCAGCACCGUGUUUAGGGGCCUUUGGUGAAACGUGAAAUAAAGAGCAGCCGAUCACUUCUUACCGAAACAUGCAGUACAUUUAGUUAAAUCUGAGGUACGCAGUUUCCUGGAAAUGGCAAAAAAAUCAGAAGAAUUUGAAAAUACACCCUCCCACCAGACAACCACGGGCAAAUGCAUGUGCUUCAUACAGUUCAACCUUGUGUUUCCCCUACAUGGAUUUAUUUAAUCUUAUUUCAUUGUAGAGUUGCACAGAUUCACUCAGCACCUCCUUGCCCAAUCCACAAAUGAGACAAGAAUUAGCUGCUAGCCACCUGGUAGUCCCUCCGCCUCCCUCCCGCCACUGUGGACUGCUUCCCUGGGAGGAAAGCAGACAGCAGCUCCAGAAACCGACCUUCAGUCCGCCGCUGUAGCAGCUUGAAUUCAGCAGUUACAACAGCUGGUGGUCGACAGCAGCACCGGCUCUAAGCUGUGUAACGGCAGAACAGACAGUUUGCUGAUCCACAGGAGAGUUGGGGCUGUCGGGUUUCACUGCUGCCCGCUCUCCUCCCGGCGAGGUGGUCCGUAGUGGCGGGGAGUGAGGCGGAGAACACACUGAGCUAAUGUUAGCUACAUAAAUGUGAACUUGAAGCCACAGUCAUGAGCCUUUAGCUACAGUUAGUAAAAGGCUAGAAUAUUAGCAACAUUUUGUCUCCUGAAACACUUUGCUGAUAUGGACACACUCUUUUAGACUCUUUGAUUUGAUUAGUCCGUCUUCCUUUUUUGGGUUGCUUUACAAUGUUGCCAGUGUUGGAAUAGCAACUUUCUCUGGAUUCUCCGCCACUGAAUCAGACUUUCACUGAAGAGAUGUGCAUCUGCAUUUGUAGAACAGCAAAUAGGAAUGCCGUCUCUCUGAAAUGACCUGUGAUCGACCACAGACGCUCGUCACUGGCUAGAUUUUCUAAAACCUGACAACAGAGCCAAGAGGAGGUGCAGAAGUUCAGUUUUCUCUUGAAUUACAAUAUGCUCAAAGUUUAUUUGGGGAUUUUUGCCCAGACAGCAAAAUAAAACUGCCUAACCCAGCUUUACGAAAAGGACUUUUUUGUUUUCUUGUCCCAAAAAAUAUUUUCAUGAUCAUUUCCAAUAUUAUCUCAAGACCUCGUGCAACCAUAAAGCCAGUUCUUAUCAGCUGUUGUUGAUUAAUUAUCAGUUCUGGUAGAAAAUCUUCCUCUAACAACACGUGGAGUCGGAGUAAAAGUGGAGUCAACACUCAGACGGUGUGACAGGCCUCCACCAUCAGUUAGCAGCUCGCUCUUGUUGUGUUCAUCGCUGCAAUGAAAAGAUCUAUUAAAUUAUUUCUCAACUGAAUAUACUGCAUGACUAGAAUAUUUAAUACAGAUACUGUUUAUGGAAUAUUAUUUAAUUGUGUUUCAGUUUGGUGUCCGGCAUGUAAAAAGUUUGUAAUUCCAUUCCACCCCCUGCCCGCUUGGCGCAGUGCCGGUACGCCUGCAGGAUAUGGAAGCAUAUUUAUUAGUCAUAGCACAUUUUCAUUUAUCGUGACGCUCCUGAUGCCAGCCGGCGGUUAUUCAUCGGGUUAACUGAUGCCAGUUCUGGUCUGUGUGUGACAGAGGAGAGUUAAUACAAACACAGAGGAUUCCUGACACUUGAAGUAUGGCUGAAAUGUAUUCAUGUAUGUCUCAUUUUUAACUAUUGCGUACUGUGUUUUUAUAUAACUGAUACCUCUUUGUACAAAACGUAAGUAUGGACAUUGUGUACUGUUGAUAAUAGGCUGAAAACCUAAUGGUACUGACUUGUAUUUCAAUUAAAUAACAGU